GCGUCGUCUCCUGCGUCAAUCGUAAGCUGUCGUUCAAAAACAAACCUCUCCUCUCCCCUAUAUUUAAAACUGCCUCUCUCUUCCGUACCGCUCUACCUCUACCCAAAGAAAAAGAAAAAAAAAAACUCGAGAAAUUUGUUUUCCCUUCAUUGAUUCACUCUCGUAAUCGAGUCUCCUCUUUUUUUUUUCGAUUCUUCUGGAAUUUGCGUAUUCUCUCCGCCAUGGCUGCUGAGAAGUUACGAGACUUGAGUCAGCCGAUUGACGUCCCUUUACUCGAUGCUACUGUUGAGGCUUUUUACGCUACCGGAUCUAAGGAAGAAAGAGCUUCUGCGGAUAAUAUCUUGAGGGAUUUGAAAGCUAAUCCUGAUACUUGGCUUCAAGUGGUUCACAUUCUACAGAACACCAGUAGUACGCAUACAAAAUAUUUUGCACUACAGGUGCUGGAAGGUGUUAUCAAAUACAGGUGGAACGCAUUACCGGAUGAACAACGUGAUGGAAUGAAAAAUUACAUAUCUGAAGUCAUUGUGCUGCUCUCAAGGGACGAAGCAUCUUUCAGAGCGGAAAGGCUUUAUGUUAACAAGUUAAAUGUCAUCCUGGUUCAGAUCGUGAAACAUGAGUGGUCAGCAAAGUGGAGAAGCUUUCUUCCUGAUCUAGUUAAAGCUGCGAGAACUAGUGAAACUAUCUGUGAGAAUUGCAUGGCUAUUUUGAAACUCCUAAGUGAAGAGGUCUUUGACUUCUCAAGAGGAGUGAUGACUCAGCAAAAGAUCGAUGAACUCAAACAAUCUCUAAACAGUGAAUUUGAACUCAUUCACGAGCUAUGCCUAUAUGUCUUCUCAGUGUCCCAUAGACCAGAGCUUAUACGUGCAACUCUCUCUGCAUUGCAUGCCUAUCUUUCUUGGAUUCCGUUGGGAUAUAUAUUUGAGUCCCCGUUGCUGGAGACCCUACUUAAUUUCUUCCCUGUUCCAGCAUAUAGAAAUCUCACACUUCAAUGUCUGUCAGAGGUCGCAGCUCUUAAUUGUGGGGAAGUCUACAAUGUGCAAUAUGUCAAGAUGUACAGCAUCUUCAUGAAUCACUUGCAGGCAAUUCUUCCUUUAAAUUUUAAUAUCCCUAAGGCAUAUUCAACCGGAAGUAGUGAAGAACAGGCUUUUAUCCAGAACUUGGCACUGUUUUUCACUUCGUUUUUCAAGUCACAUAUAAAAGUUCUAGAAUCUUCACCCGAAAAUAUUUCUCUCUUACUUGCGGGUCUGGGAUAUCUCAUUAGCAUAUCAUAUGUUGAUGACUCUGAAGUAUUCAAGGUUUGUUUGGACUAUUGGAAUUCAUUAGUUUUGGAGUUGUUUGGGUCGCAACAUCAUGUCGGUCACCCUGCACUAACUCCAAGUUUGUUUGGAAUGCAAUGUCAGAUGGCUUUCCUUCCUCGUACGGUUGAUAGUGUUAAACCUGAAGUCACAGAGCGGCAUAAAAUUUAUUCAGAUCCAUUGUCAAAAGUAAGAGGGCUCAUGAUUAGUCGCAUGGCUAAGCCUGAAGAAGUGUUAAUUGUUGAGGACGAAAAUGGGAACAUUGUCCGUGAAACUAUGAAGGAUAAUGAUGUUCUUGUCCAGUAUAAGAUAAUGCGGGAGACAUUAAUCUACCUCUCUCACCUUGAUCAUGAAGAUACAGAAAAACAGUAUAUGUAG